UGAUAAACCUUGCGUCUCACUCCUGUAUUCGAUUCCGAUGAAACAUGAAUCCGGGACCCGUUUUGUUAUUAGUGUGUUUGCUGUCGAGUGUUGCUUCUAGUGCUAAGAUACUAGCUAGUAUAUUCUCGCCUUCGUAUAGUCAUCAGAUAGUCUUCAGGCCACUAUGGAGGGAACUCGCCGACAGAGGUCACCACAUCACCCUCCUCACCACGGAUCCCAUGAGGGACGUUUCCAGAAAGAACAUAAAAGAAAUCGAUCUGAGCGGUAGUUACGAGGUCAUGGAAAGUUUCGGAAACUCCGACAUCCUCAGUAAGAAAAGGAGCGAAGGGACUCCAAAAGUUAUAUUGGAAAUGGAAAUUUUGGAUGUUCUCGCCAAGGUGGCGGAUUGGCAGCUUGGAGUACCAGAAGUGAGGAAUCUCAUAAGGAAUCGGAGCGAGUAUUUCGAUGUUUUGAUCGUGGAGGCUUUGAAUCCCAUCCAUAUGGCGUUUGCAGAAAGAUUCAACGUACCUUUUAUCGGUGUGUCACCACAAGAAGCACCCAUCAGAAUCUACACAGUACUUGGAAACUACGUACAUCCAGUCAUUUUCCCCGAACCCUAUCUACCCUUUUCCCCUCCACUGAACCUCAAGCAGCGCCUCGCUAGCGUAGCCUUCAACACGAUCACCUGGUACUACCAGUACCACUGGAGGUAUCCGCAAGAAACGGCUAUCGCCAGGAAACACUUUGGGAACAUCAGGGAACUACAGCAGAUAGAGAGGGAGAUGAGCUUUCUCUUCAUCAACGUCAACCCCACCUUGCAGCAGACUAGGCCGGUAGGAAUGAACACAAUCUACUUGGGUGGAGGGAUGCAUAUAGGGGAGGUCAAGCCCUUGCCUGAAGAACUGCAAGACUAUUUGGAUAGCAGUGGAAACCAGGGCGUUAUCUACUUCAGUCUGGGUUCUAAUGUCAAAAGUUCUCGUUUGACUGGAAAUCUCCUGGAUGUCAUUGUGUCAACUUUCGCUGCCUUGCCCUACAAAAUCCUAUGGAAAUUCGAAUCCAGUUUGCAGGAUCUCCCCGAGAAUGUGAAGAUUAUAAAUUGGGCUCCUCAGAGAGAUCUGUUAGCGGAUUCCAGAAUCAAGCUAUUUAUAACCCAAUGUGGUCUCCAGUCUUUGGAAGAAGGCAUCUUCAACGAAGUACCCAUGGUGGGAAUGCCUUUCAUGUGGGAUCAGCCAGGCAAUGCCAAAACUCUGGAGAAGAAGGGACUGGGGCUAACAGUUGAUAUCAUGAAUCUAACAAAGGACUCGUUCACUAAAACCAUCAUGGAAGUUAUCAGCAAUCCUAUCUACAAGAAAAACGUUGUGGGGCUCUCUAAAUUGAUGAAAGACGUGGAAAAGACUGGCUUGGAGAGGGCGGUAUGGUGGACGGAAUAUUGCAUUAGAACGAAAGGGGCGCAACAUUUCAGAAGUGGGGUUGGAGAAGUGCCAAGUUACCAGAUGUACCUACUGGAUGUUAUCCUGAUUGUGGUCAUCGCUUGCAUCAUCACUACUCUCAUAUUAGUAAUGAGUGUUGUACUGUGUUAUAGGAUAUGCUUCAGGCGGAGCAGAAGUCUGAAAUUGAAGAAAAGCUGACCAUAAUGGAGGUGCUUCACUUGUGGUUUGAAAGUUGAAGAUGAUAUUGAUUUAACAAAAAUAAAAAACAUUGAAGGAC